AUGAACCAUGAACACCAUCAUGGAAUGAGCCAUAUGGAUGAAAAUAGCAAUAUGGCCCCCUACCAUGAAUCAUCUACAAGCUGUCAUGGUGAGGGAGAAGGAGACAUGAUGCCCAGGGUGCCCAUGUUGCCCAUUAUGCCCAUGAUGCCCAUGAUGCCUAUGACCUUCUAUUUUGGAUAUGAGUAUGUGGAAGUGCUGUUUUCUGGAUUAGUGAUCAAUAUACCUGGGGAAAUGGCUGGGGCAUUUGUGGCUAUUUUUUUGUUAGCCAUGUUCUAUGAAGGCCUCAAGAUAGCCCGGGAGAUCUUGCUGCAUAAGUCCCAGGUCAGUAUUCAUCAGAACUCCGUGCCAGUCCCAGGACCAAAUGGAACCAUGCUUACGGAAACACAUAACAAAACUGAACAACAGAUGCUGAGUUUCCCUCACCUUCUGCAGACAAUGCUGCUUGUCAUCCAGGUGGUCUUCAGCUACAUCCUUAUGCUUAUCUUUAUGACCUACAAUGCAUACCUCUGCAUCGCAGUAGUGGCAGGAGCUGGAACAGGAUACUUUCUCUUCAGCUGGAAGAAGGCAGUGGUAGUGGACAUAACAGAACACUGCCAUUAA